UAUUACUCGCUUGCCGUAUGUAUUAAGCGCGGUGGAGUCUGGGUAGGACAGUGAAGCGGCGGGAGAGCGGUGCAUACAUCUUAUAAUUUAAUAAAUGCCAUUAUUGCGUUUUUUUUUAAAGCGAGUACUGUGCAUGCAGUCUCAAAAUUAAGGCGCACUUUUGAUUGAUAUUAGGGCACUCUGCAGAUGAAAGUGUUCCCCCUGUUACACUUUGUGUCUCUGCUGUUUUUAAGGUUUUCCCGGGAAACUGGUUUGAACGUUUGUUUUCGGCUAACCUCUUUCUAGCAACAAUGGCGAAGGUUCAGGUUUUAAAUGUGGCUGUUCUAGAUAACCCGAGUCCCUUUGGAAAUCCUUUCCAGUUUGAAAUAACCUUUGAGUGUAUGGAGGACCUGCCAGAAGAUCUUGAAUGGAAGAUCAUCUAUGUUGGCUCAGCAGAGAGUGAAGAGUAUGACCAAGUCCUUGACUCAGUCUUGGUUGGUCCAGUACCUGCUGGGAGACAUAUGUUUGUGUUUCAGGCUGAUGCCCCGAACACUGGAUUGAUACCUGAAAGUGAUGCUGUUGGUGUAACCGUGGUGCUUAUUACCUGCACAUACCGUGGCCAGGAGUUCAUUCGUAUUGGUUACUAUGUAAACAAUGAAUACACCGAACCAGAGCUUCGUGAAAAUCCACCCAUCAAGCCAGACUACACACAGCUCCAGAGAAAUAUUCUGGCAUCAAACCCCCGUGUUACUAGAUUCCAUAUAAACUGGGAAGGCUGUGCAGAGAGAAUGGAAGACUCUGAAAAUGUCGAUCCCAGUUCAAACUCCAUGCUCCCUCCAUCCUGUCUCCCAGGCAAGGCCCCACCCAUGGGGCUACUACCAGAUAACUCUAUGGACUGCUUAUAGAGAAGAACCCCACCCUAAAGGUGAUAACUCAAAGCACCAGACAUUACUUUUGAUUGAUGCCUGUGGACAUUCUAGUGUGGACGUACAGACAGACAUCUUUGCCUUACAGCUGCCUUUGUUUAUUGGAAGCUUGUCAAAAACAACCCUCGGGCUUCAGAUGAGAGUUUGCUCCAAGGAAGAUUAUGAACAUCUCACUGGUAUAAUCAACACUUGCAGACGUGGAGUUUCCAGCCAUAAUGUUAAAUGCCAUAUUAAGGUAGUUUAACUAUUUAAAAAGGAAACCUGUGAUAAAGUGGGACAGUUUCAUAGAAACAUAACAAAUUGCUGAUGUGUGAUUCACCUCUCUUCCAUUUGUUGGAGCAGAACACACCUAUUUAAUUUCAACAAUGAAGCAAAAGGCAAAUCAACAUCAAUUUGUUGCUGUACAGGAGUUUAAUAAUCCACCAUUAUGUGUUCUAAUUCUUUUUGCACUUAAACCUCCUCCACAAAGAUUUUAGAGCUUUGUUGGGCUUUGUAUGGGCUAUAUUAUUUCACCUCUUUGUUUCUUUUACCUGUUUUUUUUUUUUUUCAUUUUGUGUUCUAAUAAAAAAAAAACAUUGUUAUGUAUCAGUGUAUGGAUCUGUCUAUAUCUAUAUGAUUUAGAACUGUUACCUUUCAUUACUUGGCUAAGUUUCUUUAAUUUCCUCAUCUUAGACUACAGACUAGAAUA